AUGGUGAAGAGCAUCAUUGUCAUCGUAGCUAUACUAUGCCUCGUCGCUCUACCACAUCCAGCCGUGGGAUCACAAAAAAAAACGUGGCCUAUGCCGUCCGACCUAGCAAACCACAAUGGAGAGUUCGGUGACUCUAAGGAUUCUUGGGCUUGCACCGAGGUCUCCGAUCCAAACGCUCCACCUUCACCCCCUGGCUCAUUCCCCACUAUCCCCAACAUCCCCGGGAUACCAAACAUCCCUCAAAUCCCACAGAUCCCACAGAUUCCAGUGAUACCAAACAUUCCAAUCCCACAGAUCCCACAGAUCCCGCAGAUCCCAGGAAUACCGAACAUUCCUAUCCCACAGAUCCCAGCAAUACCGAACAUCCCUAUUCCACAGUUCCCAAGAAUACCGAACUUCCCUGGUUUUUCAGGAGGAUCAUUUAGCCCGUUCCAGUCUCUUCACGUGUCGCAGUCCGGUGAGUUAGAGAAAUGCUUGACCGGGGAUAAGUCGAAAGGGGCUGAGAAAUGUUUCUCGCAGGUCUUUUCGAGUUGGGCAGAGAACGACUUAUCUUUGGACAAAGAGUGUUGUGAGAUCGUUUUGAAUAUGGACAAGAAGUGUAACGACCAUCUCCACAUGAUUUUUAAGAGCCAUUUCUUUGCUCCUCUCCUUCAGUACUCUUGUCACAUCAAGCAUGCCAAGAAGAACUAA